AUGGGCGUCGGACACGUCUUCCUCGUCGGAAUCAUCUGCGCUGCCAUUGCCGCAGCAUCAUGGUUCCUCGCGCCUAAGAAGAACCUCACCCUCUUCCGCUCCUCGGCUGUCCUCACAAUCGCUUGUCUCUACCUCAUGUGGAUGUGCACGUAUCUGUGCCAGUUGAACCCCCUCAUCUACCCGAAGCGUGGUGACCUGCGCGUGGAGCAUAAGGAAGUGUAGACAAUGU